UCUCGAUCUUUCUCUCUCUCUCCCUCUCUCCCCACCCCUAAACCAAAAAGGCAGGGAUAGUUGUCUUAUUAUUAGUGACUUAAAUGAUGCUUUUGAACAAGAAGAUGCUGGGUACUUUUGGUGACUAGCACCAUCCCACUUUUUUUUCUUUUAAAUCCCUGAGCUAUUGUUUACUAGUACACUCUUUUAUUCCUAUGUCUACUAAAGCUGAAUGUUACUUGGGUGGAAAGCCUAAUUGCUUUCUUUUCUAGGUCCUUAAACCCUUUGCUAAUGUUUCUGUCUGAGAGUUCCCAAAGCCAGGGUUCUAGGAGAGUUUGGCAUGUCUGAACAGCUGAACCACAAAAUAAUGGAGUAGGUCCGGCGGGGUGUGGGAGCAGGGCAUUCUGUCAAUAAAAGAGCUCCCCUCUCUGCACACAUGGCCAGUUAAUUGGCCAUUCUGGGAAAGGAUGGAUGGGGAGGGGGGCUUCUGAGAAUCGCCGGUGACAGUUAAGUGGCCUUUUGUUGACGUCCUCUGCUGAACAACUUUGUUGGAUUUAGUCUCUGCUUUUCCUCGGCCUCCUGUGGAUUUUCUGUUAGAUUCAUUUACCAUUCAGGCAUCAUCUUUCACUCUCUCCUUCCAAUAUGACUGCUUUGUGUGCUGGCCUCGGCUUUAUUCCCGCUCUUCCCAGAUCAUAAAGGGGGCUGUGUGGGGCUUCGGCAGGACCGAGAAAUUGACUCUGCUGUCUGUCGAGAACCAUAAUGAUUGCACGGAGCUUGGUGUCUAGCAGAAAAUGCACUACCUGCACCAGCCUACUGGCGACCGGCUGAAGAUCGAGGCCGGGCCUGCCGGCCUUUAGGUGCCACGUUGUCUUGAGGCCUCGGCCAUGCCUGCCCACGAGGAAGGCCCCUGAAGCUCGCCUGAAGGAAGAAGCAUGCCGGGCGCCCCUGGAGGAGGCGUGGGCCCUGGCCCGUCCCCUGUGGACAGGUGGAUGCUCCUGGUCUUCAGCUUUAUUCUGGCGGCAGCUUUGGGCCAAAUGAAUUUCACAGGAGACCAGGUUCUUCGAGUCCUGGCUAAAAAUGAGAAGCAGCUUUCAGUUCUCAGGGACCUGGAGGGCCUGAAGCCCCAGAAGGUGGACUUCUGGCGUAACCCAGCCAGGCCCAGCCUCCCUGUGGAUAUGAGAGUUCCUUUCUCGGAACUGAAAGACAUCAAAGCUUACCUGGAGUCUCACGGCCUUGCUUACAGCAUCAUGAUAAAGGACAUCCAGGUGCUGCUGGAUGAGGAGAGAGAAGCCAUGGCAAAGUCCCGCCGGCUGGAGCGCAGCACCAGUAGCUUCAGCUACUCCUCUUACCACACCCUGGAGGAGAUAUAUAGCUGGAUUGACAACUUUGUAACUGAGUAUUCAGAUAUUGUCUCAAAAAUUCGGAUUGGCCACAGCUUUGAAAAUCGGUCCAUUCUUGUCCUGAAGUUCAGCACUGGAGGUUCUCAGCGCCGGGCCAUCUGGAUCGACACUGGAAUCCACUCCCGGGAGUGGAUCACCCACGCCACUGGCAUCUGGACUGCCAAGAAGAUUGUCAGUGAAUAUGGCAAAGACAGCACCCUGACAAACAUACUGAAUGCCAUGGACAUCUUCAUGGAGAUUGUCACCAACCCUGAUGGGUUUGCAUUUACCCACAGCAUGAACCGCCUGUGGAGGAAGAACAAGUCCACCAGACCUGGAGUCUUCUGCAUUGGUGUGGAUCUUAACAGGAACUGGAAGUCAGGCUUUGGAGGAAAUGGUUCUAAUGACAACCCCUGCUCAGAGACUUAUCGUGGGCCCUCCCCUCAGUCGGAGCCUGAGGUGGCGGCCAUUGUGGACUUCAUCACUGCCCAUGGGAACAUCAAGGCUCUGAUCUCCAUUCACAGCUACUCUCAGAUGAUCAUGUACCCUUAUGGCCACUCACUGGAGCCGGUUCCAAACCAGAAGGAGUUGUACAAUCUUGCGAAGGACGCAGUGCAGGCCCUGUAUGAGGUCCACGGGAUCGAGUACAUUUAUGGCAGCAUCAGCACCACCCUCUAUGUGGCCAGCGGGAUCACUGUCGACUGGGCCUAUGACAGUGGCAUCAAGUACUCCUUCACCUUCGAGCUCCGGGACACGGGGAGCUAUGGCUUCCUGCUGCCGGCCUCCCAGAUCGUCCCCACGGCCCAGGAGACAUGGCUGGCGCUUCGCGCCAUCAUGGAGCACACCCUGAAUCACCCCUACUAGCAACACCACUCAGGGCAGAGCAGGAGCAUUCAUUCCCUUCCCCAAGGCCUGGGGCUCCUCCUGAAACCCAAGUGAUACAUGGUCCUCCCCACACACUUACCCUGACCCCUUAGGAAAUAAAUAACAAGUUUG